UGGAAACGGCGGAGUGGGCAUCCGCCGCGCUGCACGUAGAAGAAACUUCGAGGGAAGAUGCACGAAGAGGAGGAUGGCGGUGAGGAGAGCCCCGGCAGCGCCUCGCGCAUGGCGCCCUCCAAGUCCGUGGACGUGUCGGAGCUGGAGAGCGCGAGGGAGCAGACCUCCAGGCUGUGCGGCUACUUGAACAAACUGUCCGGCAAGGGGCCCCUGAGGGGGUACAAGCCGCGCUGGUUCGUCUACGAUCCCAGGAAAUGUUACUUGUAUUACUUCAAGACUCCCCAGGACGCCCUGCCUCUCGGACACAUCGAGAUCGGCGAUGCGAGCUUCGUGUACGACGUGGAGGGAGAGGAGGGCCAGUUCGAGAUCCGCACGGCCGAGAAGGAGUUCCUCCUCAAGGCCCCCACCAAGCAGGUGAUGCAUUACUGGCUCCAGCAGUUGCAGCAGAAGCGCUGGGAGUACAGUAACACGCGCGGCACCGGACACAGAGACAGCUGGAGCUCUCCUACGCUGGCCUACCCUCCCUCUGGCCUCGUCGGCAAAGAUAACGACACUUUCGUCUUUGAGAAGCUGAGCGAAAGCAUGGAGAAGGUGCGCAGUGACUUUGCCAUGGAGACGGAGAGGGACGGCGGGGGGACGGCGGGCGUCCAGGCCGCCAGGGGGACGUCCGCGGCGUCCACAAACCCGCUCAACUUCUCCCUGAAAAACUUUGAUACAGUGCUCAGGAACUCCAUGUCUUAUCUGCGGCCGGGCCGAGCAGGGGAGAACCGCCGGAGCGUCUUCUACACCGCCAACAGUAGCGCGGAGGAGUGGGAGCUGGUGGACGCUCCACCCAAGGACUUCCCCGAGCACAAACCUCACCAAGACACACACAGGCAUUCCUUCGGAUCGGCGUUCACCUUCGAUUUCGUGCGGAACCCCUCGCGACCCAAGAGGCCUCUGCUUCGAGACAUGAUGGGCACCGGGAGGUUCGGCCGCAGCCCCGACUCGACGCGCGGCGGCGCCGAAGGCUCGGCGGCAGAGUGCAACGGCAGCAAGCCUUCGGAGAUGCAGCUACGCCUGCAGAGCCAGCAGGAAGCACUGAGCCAGAUGAAGCAGGAGCAGAUCGAGCUCAGGGAGGAGUUAGCCAGCCAUAAGGAGCUGGUCAGACUUUUACAGCAGAUCCUCAGAACUUCGCAGGGCGACAGGCCGCCGGUGCGCCGCCCGGCCGCGGCUCCAGACUCGUCCGCGGAGCUGAUCCAGAUAUCGCCGGGGCCCCAGGAGGAGAUCAGCCGGCUGGAGGCGCUGCUGCAGGAGCGAGACGGACAGAUUCAGUCCCUGUCGGGCUACAUGGAGCAUCUGAGAAUGGAGAAGGACAGCCUGCAGCAGGAGCUGAAGGGGCUGAAAAUCAAGGUGGGGGAGAUCAACGACCAGCUGGGGAUGAUGAUGGAGACCAUCCAGGCCAAGGAUGAGGUGAUCAUGAAGCUGUCGCAGCAGAGCGAGGAGCAGGGUGGGAAUCCAAACGAGUCCGGCUCGCCGCCUCUUCUCAAAGAGCAGCAGGAGUUAGACAUCCUGAGGGACAGUCUGCAGGGCUACAAAUCCCAGAACAGAUUUCUAAACAAAGAGAUCCUGGAGCUUACAGUGUUACGCAGAAACUCGGAGAGCAGAGAAAAGGCCUUCGAAGCAAAGUGCACGGCCCUGGAGGCCAAGCUGUGUCAAGUGGAGAGCAAGUACCUGGUGCUGCUUCAAGAGGUUAAGACUCCAGUGUGCUCGACUUCCGAGCAGAGCCCGGCCAACGAGGUCAUCUCAAGAUUAGUGGAGGACGCGCUGCAGACGGAGAGCCCCGACCAGCACGAGCAGCAGAUCUUCAAGCCCAACACAGUCAGCGAGUACGACGCGUACGGCUUCAAGACGGUCCCCGAGGAGGAGGAGGAGGAGGAGAAGCUGGUCGCCAAGGUGCGGGCGCUGGAGCUGAAGUCCCUGUCCAUGACCAACCAGGAGGUGUCCGUCGGCGUCAAGUGGGAAAACUACCUGACCAGCACCAUGAACCGAGACCUGGUUCGAUCCCCGGAGCUGAAGGCGCUGAUCCGCUGCGGCGUGCCGCACGAGCACCGCUCGCAGGUGUGGCGCUGGUGCGUGUCCGUCCACGUCAAGAAGCUGCGCGAGCAGCUGGCGCCGGACUAUUACGAGACUUUGUUGAACGUGGCGCGGGACAAACCCAACCCGGCCUCCAAGCAGAUCGAGCUGGACCUGCUGCGCACUUUACCCAACAACAAGCACUACGCUUCCCCGAGCGCCGCCGGCAUCCAGAAACUCCGCAACGUCCUGAUUGCUUUUUCCUGGAGGAAUCCAGACAUCGGCUACUGCCAGGGCCUCAACAGGCUGGCAGCCAUCGCGUUGCUCUAUUUAGAUCAAGAAGACGCCUUUUGGAGCCUCAUCGCCAUCGUGGAGGUCUUUAUGCCAAGAGACUAUUACACUAAGACUCUGCUUGGCUCUCAGGUUGACCAGCGCGUGUUCAGGGACCUGAUGAGCGAGAAGCUGCCGCGGCUUCACGCCCACUUCGAGCUGCACAAGGUCGACUUCUCCCUCAUCACCUUCAACUGGUUCCUGGUGGUGUUCGUGGACAGCGUGGUGAGCGACAUCCUCUUCAAGAUCUGGGACGCCUUUCUGUUCGAAGGACCAAAGAUCAUCUUUCGCUUCGCCCUCGCUCUCUUCAAGUACAAAGAAGAGGAGUUUCUGAAGUUGCAGGACUCCACGGCCAUCUUCAAAUAUCUGCGAUACUUCACACGCACAAUCUUGGACUCAAGGAAGCUGAUGAACAUUGCCUUCGGGGACAUGAACCCGUUCCCCAUGAGGCAAAUCCAGAACCGGCGCUCCUUCCACCUGGAGAAGGUUCGCCUGGAGCUGACGGAGCUGGAGGCCAUCAGGCAGACCUUCCUCAGGGAGAGGGAGACGAGUCAGGACCGACGCAGCUUCGGCAGCGACGACGAGGACGACGGCUGAGCGGCCUCGCGUCGGCGCGAAGACAAAGAGAUCAGCCAGCCCCGCACUGCAGCCGUCUGCUCCAAGAGAUUUCCUCUCCGCCGUCGGAGUUGGUCUCUGCAUCAGAGCUGAACAAUCAAACGAGAGUUUUUGUGAGGGAGUGAAAUUGUGUCCAAGGACCAAAAUACUCCAGGCUGAACAGGCUUUCCAUCAGUAUUCCUGCCAUUUUUUAAUAGUUAUGAUUUUUUUUUUGAAUGCCUUGUUUGUUCAUUUAACGCCAAACUCAACACUCGCUGUCCGAAUCAGUAUUUUCAAAAGCAUUAAUGUGAUCUUAAAACUUUUUUUUUCUUCUUUGCAACAGCUGAAGGAUUUUUUUUCAUUUCAUUAUAUUUCAUUCGUAUUUUCCAAAAUAACUUACUUCUUUUCAAAGCCAAAUCCUUUCUGACCUUCCAAAUCACAUUGCACUCGUAUUUUGCAUAAAUCUGUUUUUCUUCUGAUGAACUCAAAUCCCUCAUGCUGAAAGUGAAGCUGUGCUGAAUAUUCAGUCUUAAGGCCCUCAGUAAUAUUUCUGUCAUUCCCAUUUGAACAGGUUUGAAAAUGCAGGCACUUAACAAUGAAAAACACACAAUUUCAAGGAGACUAUUUUUUUUUUUUUUUUUUUUUUUUUUUUUUUUUUUUUUUUUAUGUCAACUAAAGCAUUAUAUUCCUGCAACAUUAUUUUUUAAAAUCAUAUGUUGAGUCCACUUUAUUUGCUGUAAUUCUUCAGUUUCACCUGCCUUGGGUCUUUUGUAUAGUUUUUUUUUUUUUUUUUAUCUUUGUCUCGAGGCGUGCUCUCCUGUUCCUUUGACUUCUGAUGCUGCUGCGGUUCUCUGUUUUCUGAGUCCGCCUCGAAAUGCUGGCGAUGUGUUUGCAUCCGCUGUCCACAGGGGGGCAGUGGAGGUUCUGCCUCUGUCAUGCUGGCUCUGGUUCACAGGUACUCUCACUGUGGGGGCAAACUGAGUGUCUGACACGGCUGCAAAGUCGGUCUGUCAGCGCGAUUGUUGUGUGCAAAUGUAAAAGACGAUUUACGAUUCAUGAGGGAAGCGUUUGAAGAAAUUUCCCGACGCGUGUUUCAGAAACUGUCCCUUGCCUUCAGGUACUUUCGACCGCUCCUCGCGCUGUGUCUUUGAUUUCAACAUCAUUGAAAAGUUACUGAUUCAGUUACAUUUACACUGAUACCUACAAAUUUAAAAGCCCAGUUGUAUGAACUGUUAAAUUAUGCAAGUAUAAACUUUUCUAUUUUUUGAGACGUAGCAGGUUUCAUCGAUUGUUCCACAGAACCAUCAUGAAACACCAGAACCCAUUUGGAAGCAUUUUAUUUUUAGUCAUUGAUCCAUUUACAGUGUUAGAAUGGUGGAGUUGGAAGUUCUAUGCUGUGAGUGUUUUUACUCCUCUUCUGUGUGCCGAUGUAUCGUUUACGCUUUAAUUUUUUGUCUUUAGGACGUUACAUGUUUACAAGAUACAUUUAAAAACCUUUUUUUUUAUUUUGGAAAUCAUGCAUAUAAACUGAAACAUUUAAGCCAAAUGAAUAACUUCGAUCGAGACAGUUGUGGCAUCUGGUUUAAACGCAUCUGAUCAGUUGUUUCAAAUUUUCUCAACUUCUGAGUAGUUUGAUGAUUGGAUGAAUGAACUUUUCCAUUAUCAAGAUACACCUCUCCCUAUAGUUCAAAUGUGAUUGAGAUUUGUCUUGGUUUUUGUUUUUGGGUAGUGAGAGCAGGUCUCUCUUGUGACCAAAGUAUCAAAACUUAACAUUUUUUAUGAUUCAGUAUUUGUUGGAUUCACUGAUGUUGCUGAAAAGCGCCAACAGGUCUCAAACUUGAGUUCCUCUGCUCAGGCUUGUUUGCAUGGCAUUUUUUUCCUAUCACAAUUAAUAAGCUACUCUUAAAACUCUUCUUUUUCUAAUUUCAAUUUCUCUUGCUUGCUUUUUACUUUUCUCAGCAUCAUAUUGCACAGUUUUAAAAGAAAGAUCAGCUCAAUGUUUCACGUACUGCACUUCACUUUUUGUAUGUAAAUUUGCCUUCUCUUGUCCAUCGUCAGUCUGUGUUACUCAAAGAUGAAAAACUGCAACAUUUGUUACAGAAAUGAGAAUAUUGCCACUGCGUGUUGUUACCAUGCCAACUUUCAAUGAAUAAAUUCAAUA